UUGACUCGCAGAAGGACCUCACCAUGAGCAGCGACCAGAGCUACCCGUUCCCACAGGUGUUUGUCGUGGACAGAGGUGGGGGGACGCACGACUCAGCGCAGACUCCAAAUCUGAUACCCUGCUGGUCCUUCCCUCCAGCCCAGGAGAGAGUGAGGAGAAAGAGAGGGGGCUGCCUGGGAAUCAGCUACAGCCUGGCCCUGAUUCUCCUGUUGCUGUUCCUGCUGGUGUUUGCAGCAUUGGGAUUUGAAGCCUACCAGAUUAUGCACAUACAGAAACAACUGAGAAAUGCACGACAGGUUGAACCUGAGGCUACCUUGGAGUUUAGUGCACCCCAGAAGCAGAUUGGUGUCUAUGAACCUGAAGAUGGGUCAAAGGGAGAACGAGAAAGCAUCCGGCCUGCUGCACAUUUGAUAGAACGAAUAGAAACGAAUAGAAAUAGUAAGACUUUGCGAUGGGAGCACAAGGUGGGUCAGGCAUUCGCCAUCGGUGGAGUGGUGUACCAGAAGGAAGAUGGAGCCCUGCGGGUCAAUGAGACUGGCCUUUACCACGUUUACUCACGAGUGGAGCUCAUCUUUAAGAACUGCCAUCCCACGUCCUCCUUUGAGCACUCUGUGUUUGUGAGGAGGGAGGGAGAUCCUGCCCCCCUCACCCUGAUGAAUGCCCACAGAGCUGGGUUCUGCCCUCAGCACUCCACUCGCUCCUGGACCACAGAGAAUUAUCUCGGCUCUGCACAUCAGCUUAAGAAACAUGAUAAAGUUUAUGUGAACAUAUCACACCCUGAGUAUCUUAGCCAAUCGCAUUAUGGCAGCUUCUUUGGCCUCUACAAGAUCUGAACAGAGUUUGGUGCUUGACAUUGUGCCUUUGUGUUGUAAUUUUACUCCAGAGACAGAAUGUAAUCAGGUCAAAAUGUCUCAUACAAGAGUGGGACUUACUCAUCACUUUACCCAAAUGAUGCAUUGAAUGUAAUUCCUGUUAAU